CGAUAGAUUUAGUUAUUUGUAGGCAAAAAAGUAGUUCAUUUCGUUUAUCAGAAUUGAAGUAGCAAGGAUGGAGCUUUCUUUGCUGGCAUAAAGACAAUUUGUAAUUGUAGUGAAGUAGUAAGAAUCAGAAGUUUCAGAGGAUUUUUUCUCCAGAUCCAUCUUUUCUUUUAUCCUACCUUUACUAAUGAGUAAUCAGAUCAGGGACGGACCCUUUAGCAACAGAGCAGGAUAAAAGAUCAAAGUAGUGUCUUUUUCCUUCGGAGAAAUCCAAAUUAGAGAAAUCCAAAAAAGCCCCCUUCCCCUUGUUACAUAUCAAAUGUUCCAACCUAACUAAGAUAUAGAAAUCAAUAUGCAACACUUCUAUAUCUCCCGAGAAUCAUACAUUUGUAAUAUGAAUCCUUGUUGGAUCAAAUUAUAACGAAUCCUUGAGAAGAAAUUUGUUUAGAAACAUAAGGGAGGAAUAAGAAUAAUAAGAUUCUCUUCUCAUACAUAUAUUUCCCGGAAAAGGAUGGGUAAGUACACUAAUUUCUAUUUAGUUUAGAUCCACAUUCUUUGCACUCAUAUUCUAAUAACUUAGAAUAUUAUAUUAAUAUACUUAUAAUUAUAAUAUAUAAUUAUAAUAGAUAUCUUUAUAACAAAGAGAAGUAUCAAUUAAAUACACCGAGGCACCGAUUCUAUGACAGAUCUCAACUUACCCUCUAUUUUUGUGCCUUUAGUAGGCCUAUUAUUUCCGGCAAUUGCAAUGGUUUCUUUAUUUUUCCAUGUUCAAAAAAACAAGAUUGUCUAGAUAUGAUGGGCUCCAAUCUCAUCAAUUUAUUUCAAUCUUUGGAUCAUAAUACAGAUUUUCAUUUCAUUUAAUGGGAAUGGUACGACAUGCGGCUUCGGACUUCGGACACAAACCACAAAUGUAAAUAGAUGAUCAUAUGGAUCAAUCCAUGUUUAUGCAUCUAUAGCUCGACUUUUAUUUCAACGGGUCGAUCGGAUAUCUGGAAUAUAUAUUAUGUAUGAUAAUGAUAUGUAAAUAGAUAUAUCUAGAUCAUAUGAAUGAGGGUGAUGCUAGUUUGAAUGGGUGGAGAUGUUAGUUCUAUCUAACUGAUUUGAUGAAUGAAUCCUGAUUGAUGAUUUACAUCGUGAUAGUAUUAGCGGAUGAAAGUUACUUUGGGAGCCAAAAAACUCAUUUUGAUGAUUCUCUCAAUUCCAAUAGAAUGAAACUCGAUCUAAUCUAGUAUGAAUUGGCGAUCAGAACAUAUAUGGAUAGAACUUAUAACGGGUUCUAGAAAAAUAAGUAACUUCUGCUGGGCCUGUAUCCUUUUUUUAGGUUCACUAGGAUUUUUAUUGGUUGGAACUUCCAGUUAUUUUGGUAGGAAUCUGAUAUCCUUAUUCCCAUCUCAGCAAAUCGUUUUUUUUCCACAAGGGAUCGUAAUGUGUUUCUACGGUAUCGCGGGUCUAUUCAUUAGCUCCUAUUUGUGGUGCACAAUUUUGUGGAGUGUAGGUAGCGGUUAUGACAAAUUCGAUAGAAAAGAAGGAAUAGUGUGUAUUUUUCGUUGGGGAUUUCCUGGAAGAAAUCGUCGCAUCUUCUUUCGAUUCCGUAUAAGAGAUAUCCGUUCGAUCAGAAUAGAAGUGAAAGAGGGUCUUUUUCCUCGCCGUGUCCUUUAUAUGGAAAUUGGGGGCCGGGGAGACAUUCCAUUGACGCGUACCGAUGAGAAUUUAACUCCACGAGAAAUUGAACAAAAAGCUGCCGAAUCGGCCUAUUUUUUGCGCGUACCAAUUGAAGUAUUUUGAAAUGAAACAAAGAAAUCGAGGAAUGAGUGCUCCUCGUCACGAGGGAGAGGGAGGGAACCCAAGAAUCCCUUUUUCUUUUUUUCUUUUAAUAUAACUAUAACUGAUGUUUCGCUCCUUUGAUGAAAACAUUUAGUUAAAUCCUAUUUCCCACAUCCCGAUGGAAAUACCAUGUCCUGCGUACCAUGGAGCAGGUGGACUUAUGGAACAAUCAUACCAUGAAGUGAUUUUAGUCCAUCAAAACUAUUUUUCAUGCGUAUGAAAUUCCACUGAAUUCUUUCAUUUUCAUAUUAUUAACAAGUUUCAUAAGUAUGUAUUCAUCACAUAUAUCAGGUCAGAGUACAGAAUCCAUAUUUUAGGAUUUUAGGACCAAUAUUUCGAAUCAAUACAUUACAUUAUAUAUAGAUGAAGAUAAGAAUAGAUGAAGAUAAGAUGGAUCAUACCCAGUAAAUUAUCCCUCUUUUGUCACCUUUCUUUUUAUUCAUCUUUCUUAAUGCUUGUUUCUUGAUGACCAAACAAUUGGAUUUUUUAGAACCACUCCCGUUUUGCCGACUAUUUCGGAUUUCAUCAUCGGUAUUUUUCAGAAUUAUCCCCUCGAUUAUUCCUGGGAUGUGGAUAAUCAGUGAAACAAUUCGAAAUAAUUGAUUGAUAUAACAAAAGAGUUUUUCUCGAAAUACGAAUAAUAUUCAUGUUUGUUACUUCAAGUGCUUCUUUCUGGCAUUCAUCAAAAAGACCAAAUGAACAUGCAAUUGAUCCGAAUUUGACCGAUUGAGAUGUCUGGGGCCACUAUUUCAUUACCUCCGCAUUCGAAAUAAAUUAACCCUUAUUCCAUUUCUGGAGACAAGGACUAAACAAAUUACACAAUGGAAAAUAGAUCCAUAGGUUCCAUACCUCGUUAUAGAACUCGUGCUUCAUACAUCAUACAAAUAUCAGACAUAGUCAACAAAUGAAUCAGGUUCAUUAACAAUUCACGGAUUGGAAGUGACGAAAAAGAAAGCAUUGAAUCCCCUACCAUAUCUUGCAUCUAUCGUAUUUCUGCCUUGGGGAAUUUCUCUCUCAUUUAAUAAAAGUAUGGAACCUUGGGUGACUAAUUGGUGGAAUACCAGCCAAUCCGAAACUUUUUUGAAUGAUAUUCAAGAAAAGAACAUUCUAGAAGGAUUCAUCAAAUUAGAAGAACUUUUCUUGUUGGACGAAAUGAUAAAGGAGUAUCCGGAGACACAUAUACAAAAGCUUCGUAUAGGAAUCCACAAAGAAACGAUACAAUUGGUAAGAAUGCACAAUCAAGAUCAUAUACAUAUUAUUUUGCAUUUCUCGACAAAUAUAACCUGUUUCGCUAUUCUAAGUGCUUAUUCUAUUCUGGGUAAUGAAGAACUUAUCACUCUGAAUUCUUGGGUUCAGGAAUUCCUCUAUAACUUAAGCGACACAAUAAAAGCUUUUUCCAUUCUCUUAUUAACCGAUUUAUGUAUUGGAUUCCAUUCGCCCCACGCUUGGGAACUAAUGAUUGGUUCGUUCUACAAAGAUUUUGGAUUUGUUCAGAAUGAUAAAAUUAUAUCCGGUCUCGUUUCUACCUUUCCGGUCAUUCUAGAUACAAUUUUGAAAUAUUGGAUCUUUCAUUAUUUAAACCGUGUAUCUCCUUCACUUGUAGUGAUUUAUCAUUCACUGAAUGAGUGAAGAACUGAUUUAAUCUGAUAACAUAAAGAAAAUUGUAAUGUCACUUUGUAUAUAAACAAACCAUUCAAAAUCUUACUCAUUCUUUAUGCUUUGACUCGUCGAGGGGAUUAGAUUACUUCUGUAUUCCAUACAAUGGCAGAAUCGGGGAUAGGGAACUAUACUGACUCCCUACCUAAUUUAUUGUAGAAAUUUCCGGGAUCAAUGAUUAGACCAUGCAAAAAAAUAGAAAUACUUUUUCUUGGGUAAAGGAACAGAUGACUCGAUGCAUUUCUGUAUCGAUGAUGAUAUAUGUAAUGACUCGGGCAUCUAUUUCAAAUGCAUAUCCCAUUUUUGCGCAGCAGAGUUAUGAAAAUCCGCGAGAAGCAACUGGGCGUAUUGUAUGCGCUAAUUGCCACCUGGCUAACAAGCCCGUGGAUAUUGAGGUUCCACAAGCUGUGCUUCCUGAUACUGUAUUUGAGGCAGUUGUUAGAAUCCCCUACGAUAUGCAACUGAAACAGGUUCUUGCUAAUGGUAAAAAGGGAGGUUUGAAUGUAGGGGCUGUUCUCAUUUUACCCGAAGGAUUUGAAUUAGCUCCCCCCGAUCGUAUUUCUCCCGAGAUGAAAGAAAAGAUGGGUAAUCUGUCUUUUCAGAGUUAUCGUCCUAAUAAAAAAAACAUUCUUGUGGUGGGCCCUGUUCCUGGUCAGAAAUAUAGUGAAAUCGUCUUUCCCAUCCUUUCUCCAGAUCCCGCUACUAAGAAAGAGGUUCACUUCUUAAAAUAUCCUAUAUAUGUAGGUGGGAACAGGGGAAGGGGUCAGAUUUAUCCUGAUGGGAGCAAGAGUAACAAUACAGUCUAUAAUGCUUCAGCAGCAGGGAUAGUAAGUAAAAUAGUACGUAAAGAAAAGAAAGGUGGAUAUGAAAUAACCAUAUCUGAUGCAUCGAAUGGACACGAAACGGUUGAUAUUAUACCUCCAGGACCAGAACUUCUUGUUUCUGAAGGUGAAUACAUCAAGCUUGAUCAGCCAUUAACAAGUAAUCCCAAUGUAGGUGGUUUUGGUCAAGGCGAUGCAGAAAUAGUACUUCAAGAUCCAUUGCGUAUCCAAGGCCUUUUGUUCUUCUUAGCAUCUGUUAUUCUGGCGCAAAUCUUUUUGGUUCUUAAAAAGAAACAAUUUGAGAAGGUUCAAUUAGCCGAAAUGAAUUUCUAGAUCCACGGAUUCCUCAACAUAGAGCUGGUAAAAAAGCUGAAUUUUUUUUGAUCGCAAUUAUAUUAUGUGUAUGCGCGGUCAAAAAUCAUGGAAAGCCCCUUUUUGCUUGCUUUUUAUUAUACUAUUUCGAGAUAUCGGAGAUGACUUGUAUUCCAGAUUAGAAAAUAGCAAUAGUAUGGAAUUGCAAAAGAAGAUGAUUGGAUCAAAAUUUACAAAAUUUAGUUUAGUGUGAUUAUGCCAGGUUUCUUAUUGCCACAUGGUAAAUGGCACGUAAUGCCUCAAUACUUUUAGAUUCUAUAUCUAAUAAACGCAUAAGUGGGAAGCAGGGGUAGAAAGCAGGAUAAAUGAAGAAAAAAGGAAGGCUCCAGGAAAGAUUACUCGUCUCCCAAAUCUUCUUUCUACAAAGAAAGAAAAGUAAUUUUCCGCUCUUUCGUUGCGUCGAAAUAAUAAAGGUUCUGGGUCUCAUUCGUCAAAUCAAAUAAAUAUGAAUUGCGGGUUUAUCGGAACCUCUUUGAAUUCAUAAGAAAGAAGAGAAGUAUGGGGGAUAAAAAAAGAGGGGCAAGAGAAACUCCAUUGAGCAAAUGGAAUUUUUGCAAUGAACUUAUAAUUUUCAAUGAACUUAUAAAAAGAAAAAAGACUCGCUUAAAAAGAU